CCUCCAACACCACCAGACUACCAUCAUGAAGUUUUUGGUGCUGGCUCUUGCCCUCCUGCUGGCCGUUGGCUCUCAGGCUGCUUCAAUGAAGCAGAAGAGGUCGGCGGAUCCAACCAUCCUGCAACUCCUACGGGAUUUUGUAGACACCUUUGUGAAACACAGAAUACAAGGAAUCAAACAAAUUGAGGACACCUUUAAAGACGACAGUGACGGGGUUAGUGUGGCUGACAAACUCAACAAGACAUUCGCAGACUUUAAGGCUUGGCAGGCUAAGGUUUCACCUCACACUGAUGAAGCCUUCAAGAAGGCUGAGGAUUUCCUCAAUCCAGUGAUUGAAAAAGCUAGCGCUGAAAUCAACAGCUUCAAGACCAAAAUGGAACCCCAUCGUGCUAAACUUCAUGGUGUCCUGGAGAAACACUUCGAACAGUACAAGAGCGAUUUGGCUCCAAUCUACGAAAGUUACGCUACCGCGUGCAAAGCUAACAUGGAAGAUAUGAAAACCACACUGGCUGCUAAGCAGGAGGAGAUGAUGAAGAAGGUAUCCGCCAAUUUGGAGGAGACGAAGUCUGCCCUUGAGCCUAUUAUGUCAAUAAUCCAAACCGAGCUCACUGAAGACAUAAAGAAUUUCAAGGAGCAGAUGAAGACUGCCGCUCAGGACUACAUCCAGGACAUGAAGGAUGCCUUCACCAAUUCACAGGGUGCCGUGGAUCCGGAAGCAGCGAAGAAAUGGCUGGCUUCUUCCUGCUUGGCCCUCACUUCAUGAUAGCAUGACAGGAAAUGUGCCUCUUUCACUCGCUGUCCAUCUCUUUUGUCUUUCUCGAACCGUGUUUGUACCCAGUGCUCAAGUUUGUACACAGACGUAAACAUGUUCAUACACUUGAUUUACACUUUACAUAUGAUGACCAGCUGGUUGCAUUUUGGGCAGGAAUUGUACGUGAAUAUUCACAAGUGAACCUCUGUGUAAUGAUGCUUGUCUGAUGAGAAAUGUGCUUGAACAGAAUACAGCUCAAUAAACAUCAGACUGUCUGUAC